AUGUCACAUUUUAAUUUUAAAGAAAUAAAAGUCAUCGACGAUGGUGUAGAUGACAUGGAUAUCAUUAGAGAUAUAAUAAAGAUUGAAAAGCCAGAAGAUGCCUUUUAUAUAGCAGAUAUCGGUGAUGUUAUUAAACGACAUCACGAAUGGAUAACUAAAAUGCCUAAAGUUAUUCCACACUAUGCGAUCAAAUGCAAUUCAAACCCGACGGUAAUUAAAGUCCUGGCGGCUUUAAACGGUUGUUUCGAUUGUGCGUCUAAGCAAGAGAUAGCGCACGUAAUGCAGUACGGCGUGCAAGGCGAACGGAUCAUUUUUGCGCAUCCAACAAAAUUGCCGUCUCAUCUAAAAUAUUCAAGAAAAGUAGGUGUCCAACAAAUGACGAUCGAUAGUGAACUUGAGUUGGUAAAAAUUAAAGAUUAUUUCCCCGAAGCUAAAAUCGUGAUACGCAUACGCUGUGACGCAAAAAAUACGCUGAUAUCAUUAGGAACAAAAUUCGGUUGCGAUCCCCGAGAGGAAGCUAGGUGCUUGAUAAAAUAUACGAAGAAUCUCGGCUUGAAUUUACACGGCUUCAGUUUUCACGUCGGUACCCCGUGCUUAGAACUAGAUGCCUAUCGUAGAGGGAUUAAAAUAUGUAAAAAAUUAAUCGCUUACGCCAAAUCGAUCGGCUGCGAAGAUACACAGCUGAUCGAUAUCGGCGGUGGAUUCAUGAGCGUGUGCGGCGAAGAUCUCGAUGUGUUGGCCAAUAUUAUUAACAGCGCGAUCAAGGAUCUCGAUCCCACUAUAAGAGUCAUCAGUGAGCCUGGACGCUAUUACGUAGGUUCGAAUUUUACUUUAGCCUCUUACUUACAUUCGAAAAAGCUUACUGUUUCCGAAAAUGGCGAAUUGAUGAGAAUGUAUUACAUGAAUUGCGGCGUGUACAAUUCGUUUUUAGACGAAUUGUUGGGUCUGCAGGCCAGAAUCCCAGAAUUACCUUUCAAUCUGAUGAGCGAUGAAAAAUUCCUUUCGAAUUUAUGGGGACCGACCGCCGAUUCGCAUGAUCUCAUUUUUAAAAAUGUGUUAUUGCCGGAACUUUAUAUAGGUGACUGGUUAGUAUGGAGAGAGAUGGGUGCUUACACGUUAGCUCUUUCCAAUACAUUCAAUGGAUUCCCGAUCCCAGAUGUAAAACCAUUUAUUAGAAAGACUCAAUGGGAAAGUUUUUUGAAGGAAAUUAAUCAAAAGUAAAGUGCAUUUUAUUUUGAGAAACAACAUAUUAAAUAAUUUUAUGUAGUAAUAAUAUAGUACAAUAUACUACUAUUGUCAAAGAAAUUCGACAUCUAUUUUACGGUAAAGUUUACCGAAAAACGUUAUGAUUAUGAUUUCUGGUUGAAGCAGGAAAAAGAGAGAAUAAAAAAACAGAGCAGAGAACAAACGUGGAGGGAGAAACAGAAGAAAGAAAAAUAGGCAUAUUUACUGGAGGUUUCGCAAAGUUUUUUGUGCGUAGGCAGACGUAUGUACACUAUAUCGACUGUACAAUUUUAUCAGCAAUUGCGGUGACAUUUUUGUACGAGUCUGGAAUACGCGUUUAUUAUGAUAAUUUAUCAAUGUGUGUCUUUUUUAUCUUUAUCUUGUUAUGACGUCUGUAAGCACGCGCUAAAUAA